AUGGGAGCAGGAGGGCAGGGGGACAGGGAGACAGGGGCAUGGGAGCAGGAGGGCAGGGGGACAGGGAGACAGGGGCAUGGGAGCAGGAGGGCAGGGGGACAGGGAGACAGGGGCAUGGGAGCAGGAGGGCAGGGGGACAGGGAGACAGGGGCAUGGGAGCAGGAGGGCAGGGGGACAGGGAGACAGGGGCAUGGGAGCAGGAGGGCAGGGGGACAGGGAGACAGGGGCAUGGGAGCAGGAGGGCAGGGGGACAGGGAGACAGGGGCAUGGGAGCAGGAGGGCAGGGGGACAGGGAGACAGGGGCAUGGGAGCAGGAGGGCAGGGGGACAGGGAGACAGGGGCAUGGGAGCAGGAGGGCAGGUGGCCAAGGAGACAGGGAUAGAGGGGCAGGCUGCAGAGUCUGGCCUGUCAAUCACACAGCAGACUGGACCAGCAGGGAACCACCAGUGGGUACUAGUGGGCAAGCCUGGAGAUUUGAACAGCUAUUAA